AUGUCGAACACUACCGUGCCUCUCCGAAAACUCGGCCAGCAUGGUCCCACGAUUCCAGCCAUCGGCCUCGGUCUCAUGGGCCUGUCGGUCUUCUAUGGAAAGCCCGGAAGUAACGAGGAGCGAUUCUUACUACUCGAUAAGGCUCUAGAACUGGGCGCCACCCACUGGGAUAGUUCCGACCUAUACGGCGACAGCGAACAGCUCCUUGGACAGUGGUUCAAGCGAACUGGAAAGAGGGAUCAAAUUUUCCUUGCAAGCAAAUUUGGGUUUUCCAAAGGUUUGGUCGAUCCCACUGCCAUCGACAGUUCGGCAGAGUACUGCAAGAAGGCUUGCGCAGCGACCUUGAGCAGAAUCGGCACCGACUACAUUGAUCUGUACUAUAUGCAUCGCGCCAACCCCAACACUCCAAUCGAGGAAACCAUGCGGGCCAUGGUUGACCUUAAGAAGGAGGGCAAGAUCAAGUACAUUGGCCUGUCUGAAGUCAGCUCGAACACGCUACGCCGCGCAUGCAAGAUUGCCCACGUAGACGCGGUUCAGAUUGAGUAUUCACCUUUUGUUCUGGAUGUCGAGAAUUCAGUUGGCACUCACCUCCUCAAGACCUGUCGCGAGCUUGGUGUUGCUGUAGUCUGCUACUCGCCGCUAGGACGUGGUCUGCUGACCGGAGCUCUCACCACCAAGGAGUCCAUCAAGAAUGACGGCGAUUGGCGUAGCAUGAUGCCGCGAUUUAGUGACGAGAACUUUGACCGCAACGUAAAACUUGUCAAUCAAUUCAAGGAGCUGGCCGACAAGAAAGGUUGCACGCCAGCUCAGCUAUCCAUCGCUUGGCUGCUCAAGCAGGGUGACGAUAUCAUCCCCAUUCCUGGUACCAAGAAAAUCAAGUAUCUCGAGGAGAACUGGGACUCCUUCAAGAUCGAUUUGACGGAUGACGAUGAGAAGGAGAUUAGGAAUUUUAUCGAGUCUGCGGAGAUUGCGGGCCACCGAGGUGCCCCAGGUUUCACUGACACGGUGGAGGAGAUUUGA